AUGCAUCCCCACCCAAUAACCCAUCUCCUCUACGCCCUCCUCGCCAUGACCACCGCCCUCGCCGCCCCCACACCCGCGCCCGACGCCCACGCCCACGCAAUCGCAGAGUUCGAUUACGGCGCCCACGCGCCCGUGGCGAGGGACGGGUACGCGGUCCCGGCGCCGCCGGCGGACAGUAUUACGUGA